AUAAGAUUCCGAGGACACACUAUACUUAACGAGACUCUCCGAUUCCUUGUUGCUUUUCACGAGGAUACAAUUUUUCAACCAAACAUUACCAAUGUUCAUUUUGACGACUAUAUUUCACGUUUAGUGUUUGGGCAACGCACCACAAAGUACGUGAACCUAGCUAACAAUGUUUUCAAACGUGAAAUGAGUGAUGCGGAUCUGCACAACGCGAAUGCAUUGAUAGCAAACAAUCUUUUUGGAAUUAGUUUCGAUUGGGGUUAUGUUGUCACGUGGUACAAAGUGUUGGCGUUUCCGGGCAAUUUGGACGGCUUCAAUAGUUUCCAGGCAGCAAUUGCUUGCGGCGUUGUAUCAGAGAUUUCUCAGCGGAGAUGUUUCUCAAUUUUCGACUUUUUUGAGCUCAAAUGGGUCUACAACAAUUUGCUAGAAGGAUUUUCAAUCAGUGGAUUCAACGGUGGAAAUGGCAAGAGAUAUCACCUUCCUCUUUCCGGCACUGCUGAAGCGCGAAAUCUGUGGGCUUAUUCAAAUUUCAACAUAGAAGGAAUCUGGGUAUUCGAACUGGUCGAAACUGACCAGGAACCCGUGACUCCUCUGGGCGAACUAUCCUCAGAUGACCUUGAACUUAUGGGCGCUUGCUCUGGGCCGUUUGAGCCCUCUUUUGUUGAACCGAACGUAAAAUCAGUGUUUAAGGUUCAAAACUGCUACUUGCCGCCCCAUGAUGAACUUGCUUCAAAAUUAGUUCUAGAUGAUAUUUUGUUGAAUGAGGGGAUCAAUUACAUUAGAUUGACCCAAACUCUUCAGUUCAAUCAUACUUUUAAGAGUAAAGGACCCGCUAUUGUAAGCAUCAUGUUAGACGGAGUGCCUUUCAUAUCCCAAAAGUAUAUCUACGUUUACGAACUGGCACCGGCCAGUAAUGCGACCAUUGAAGCUACUCUUAAGGAAGAAAAUCAGACUGUUCAUCUUAACUUCCAAAACUGUAGCGUAACUGAUGCAAACUUGACAGUCAGUUUUAAAGAUGAACAAGAAAACAUAAUGAGAACUGAGAACGUGACUUUGGUGCCUGGUGACUUCUUCUAUGACUACCAUUACACCACCCAAGCAGGGGAACAGUGGAUUGAAUUCACCCGUGGCGAAUGCCGAGCAUCUUUACCCAUCGCAUUGAAGUCAGUCGACGAUGAGAGUGAUGUUAAGUGUGACACUUGGAACGAUGCAGAAUCACUGAUUGACUACUCGGGGUGUGUCAGCGAACUUGAAAAGUGGUACCCUUGUCCUAACAGGGAUGUGCUUCACUUUCAGUCUGCAAGGGGGACUCAGCUGCUCGACAUAGCACUGACAGGAAACGUUUCCAUUUCGGAAGCAUUUGUCCAGUUCGAAUCACAAAUCAAAGCUGCCCACUUUUGGAACGAAGUCUUUAGACUAACCGAGAAGAACUUCUUCAUCAAAACAGCGCAGCCAGCGGACGAAUCCGAUGACCUGACCGAAAAAUGGACAUUUGCUGUGUCUAUGUGUGUCAUGACGCUGUUUCUACUGCUUCUUCUGGUCAUGGUUUUCAGGAAGUGUCUCGAUAAUGGAUGGUUAAUUUUUACAAGAGGAGUCAAGGUCGACGUUGUGGUUAACCAGAAUCAGGAGGAAGGCGUGAUUGUGACCAACACUACAGACUACGCGUAUCUUCACAGAGCUUUCGGAACCAGCUGGUUUGUGGAUCCAGAUGAGUGGCUCUUUAAACAGAGAGAUAUUGUCUCUUCCAUCGAGAAUGAUAUUGCCGAGGGGUCUCCAUUUGAGCCGAUUUAUGAGCCAAUUUUUACGAAUGAGCAGCUGCAACUCGAAGCUUAUGAGCAAGGUUGUAAGUUCCGAAGCACAUCCCUUAUUAGAGCCGGAACUGAUGCUUGGUGGGCACACGAGGAAGUUCGAAACGGAAUGAACGGCUGGCAAUACGAUUUGUGCUGCGGAAAUUCCGAUUUGGAAGUGAGUGAAAAACUUGAUUCGAUUGGUUUUUGCAAAAAGGACCUAUGUGAAUUCAAAGGCACUCGAGAUAAAAAGCCUGGAUUUUGCAUACGAUCACCUCGACUAGCUUGUACAGCUACAACUAGAGUUGAACUAAAUGGAAUUAUGGAAAGCCGCGAGGAAUCGAUUAUGGUUUCAAAUCAGUGUUGUUACAAUGGAACAACCGACGAAUUAAUAGAAAGUUCAAAUUCUGCGGGUUGUAUGCAACGAGAAGUUGGUUCAAUUGACAAUAUGAUUCGGCAUUACACAAGCGACCUGAAACCAUUUUACGAGUGUUGUCGUCAAUCGCCUCAAUUCAAAUGCGAUAACAUAUUCAAAAAACACCGCCCGACUAUCAUCGGCGAGUACUGGCCUCGUAACAUCCUCAUAAACAGAGGAGACCCCCACUUGCAGACAGUGGACGGAGUCAGCUACCCCUUCAUGGGGCUGGGCGUCUACAGGAUGCUUAUCGCUGAUGAUUCACCUUCAAUCGGGGGUCAGACUGAACUGCAGGCGAGCAUGCGGAGGGUCGGCAACGGGACUGUGUUCAGCGGGAUAGCAGUCAAACACGGAAACACUCUCCUAGAAGUCUACGUUGACAAGAUUGCAAAAGUUAAAUUAGUGAUUAACAACUUCGAGAAGACACUGGGAGAAAGUGUCGGGGAAUAUAUCCUGGCCAAUGUUGCAGUGGAAGAGAGAGAUGAUUUGAAAAGUGUUCGAUUUCAGUUUUUGGGGAAUAUGUUGAUUGUGGAAGUGUAUGUAAUUCAGAACUUCCUCAACCUGAAGAUCUCAGUUCCGCCCUCGUUCAAGUUUCAGAUGAGGGGACUCCUGGGAUAUUACGACGGAGACCCAGACAACGAUUUCCAAACCCCUGAAGGUGUGAUUGUGACCAACACUACAGACUACGCGUAUCUUCACGAAGCUUUCGGAACCAGCUGGGUUGUGGAUCCAGAUGAGUGGCUCUUUAAACAGAUGGAUAUUGUCUCUUCCAUCGAGAAUGAUAUUGCCGAGGGGUCUCCAUUUGAGCCGAUUUAUGAGCAGCUUUUUACGAAUGAGCAGCUGCAACUCGAAGCUAAUGAGGUCUGCAAGGGGGACUCAGCUUGUCUGCUCGACAUAGCACUGACAGGAAACAUUUCCAUUUCGGAAGCAUUUGUCCAGUUCGAAUCACAAAUCAAAGCUGCCCACUUUUGGAACGAAGUCUUCAGACUAACCGAGAUGAACUUCUUCAUCAAAACAGCGCAGCCAGCGGACGAAUCCGAUGACCUGACCGAACAAUGGACAUUUGCUGUGUCUAUGUGUGUCAUGACGCUGUUUCUACUGCUUCUUCUGGUCAUGGUUGUCAGGAAGUGUCUCGAUAAUGGAUGGUUAAUUUUUACAAGAGGAGUCAAGGUCGACGUUGUGGUUGACCAGAAUCAAGAGGGUGAGGAUCAUUUUCCUCAUCAAGAAAUACGAGACCUCUUUUGGAUUGACGAAAGAGAUGAAACUCCAUACCUUAGAUGAAAUAAGAGAAUAACUAUCAAAGCUAAGAGAAUAACUAUAUACAUUUCUGAAUCAAACUACAUUUCUCUUUUAAAAAAGCCAAAACCUGAGUUGAUUGAUUCGGUUUCUCUCGAUAAUUUUCAGGAAUUAUUUACUGUAUUAGAAAUUGGAUUGAGUCGCUCACAAUUCCAAAAGAAACACAGGUUAAAAACAAAACUAAUU